UCAUUUUUAUCUUUUUUUAAAGAACUCCUGCACACUGUUUACUUUGCAGUCAGAGAUUUAUUAGGAGACGUUUCGGUACUAGACCUUCAUCAGGCAAAUCUUUAUCUUUAAAAAUGCUUUUAAACAAACAUACUAAGUGUUACAAACACUGAAAGAAGAAACAACCUUUUAUUUGAGCUUUAUGUAAGUUUACAGUGUAGAUCAGAUCAAAAUGAUAUGAUAGCAUGAAAAUAUAAUCUCAGCCCCUAACAUCUUUAAAAGCAGAUGAGUAAAUUACAACAAUAUUUCAAUCAAUCAUUUUAUUUGUAUAGCCCAUAUUCACAAAUCACAUUUUUCCUAAUAGGACGUAACAAGGUGUGACAUCCUCUCACCUUAACCCUCAACAAGAGUAAGGAAAAACUACUAAAAAAAAACAGUUUUAUCGGAGAGAAAAACGUAGAAACCUCAGAGAGUGCCACAUAAAAAAGUAUUAUUGCAAUAAUAGUUAAUCAUUAGUUAUAAAUUAACAAUGACAAUGUGAAACAGUCCAAUAAAUAUUUGGAACUGAGCCUAUAAUUAUGAAUGUAAUUUCAUACAUUUUUUUAUUAUUAUUCCAGAAAACGGUUAAAUCAACUAAACAGAUUUUCGUUUGUGCUAUAGUUUGUCAAAUGUCAACAAAUGGAAAUUUGGGAAAGUAAAUAAAAGAUGGACAAUUGCUGGAAAGAAAUAUAUAAAAGUAAGACCAGAGUAAAUUAAAUUGAAUGGAUUAUUGCACAGCGUUGUGAUGGUUAACUGUAUAAUCGUAUUUGUUGUUCCACGAUUGUCUCUUCCCUCUUUUCACCCACCUCUCCUCUCGUCCCCAUUUCCCUCCACCCAACCCAACCUGUCGAACCAGAUCUGGUUCUGGACGUGUCUUCCUGUUGAGGGGGUUUGUUUCUCUCCACAGUCACCAGCAACGCGUUCUGCUCAUUGAGGGAAGUAUCUGACCUCUGUAUAGUAUUUUAGGUCCCGUACUUCCCUCGCUUUAGAUAAUAUGUGGGUGGAAACAAAUAAAUUAAAAUAAGCUAAAUUUCACUGUGGGGGUGUUCACUUGAUAUAAGGUGCAGCCAUGUUUGUACCAAUAUGGUCCUGAAUGUCUAUUUUAUGCUCAUGUGUUUAUUGUGAUUAACCCGAAGCGGAAGUGUUGUCCUUGUUCCUGCGGGUGAGUCGGUGGGACUUGACGGAGGGGCAGACUGGAUGAGAGGAGUCAGGGAACAGCUGGAUGUCGGAGUCAGGGAACAGCUGGAUGUCGGGGUAACAAAGACACCGGAGCUGUUUCACACCGGUUCCCAAUCGGUGCUGCUGAACCGACCAUCGUCCUGCUCAGCGGCUCUUUGACCGGGGCUCUGCUGCUCUCCUCGCCCUCUCCUCCUGUGUCCAGCCCGUGUUGUCUGGAGGAUGCGACGGGCCCGCGGUGCUCCGCUCCCCGUGCAGACAUCCAUCAGCCGCUGCUCCGCGCUCGUCCCCGACACCAAACGUAGAUCGGAAUAAUUGUUACCGUGCUGGGCAGACCUCUCCUCCAUCUUCCCUCAGACAUGAAGCCGUGAAGCCGCAGGGAAACGUCGCUGGGAUUAUUUCUCUUCGUCGGUCAGUACAGUCCUGUCUGUCGGUGUGAUGGCUGUGAUGUUGGUGCUUCUUUUCUCCAUGCUGCUCUUGUCCACCCACACUCUAACUAAUGCGUCUCCUUCCUGCCCUGUGAGCUGUCGCUGCUACAGCCUCACCGUGGAGUGUGGCUCCACCAGCCUCAGAGACAUCCCCAAACACGUCCCCCCAUCUACACAGACCAUCUUCCUCCAGGACAAUGUUAUUGGUCAGAUCCGUAGACAGGACCUUCUUCAGCUAAGGCACCUGCACUACUUGUAUCUACAGAACAACACCAUCUCAGCAGUGGAGCCGGGCUCCUUCCGGAACCAGGGUCAGUUGCUGGAGCUGGCUCUGAAUGGGAACAGGAUCCACCUGGUGACGGCUGACAUGUUUAAGGGACUCGAGCAUCUCCGCAUUCUGUACCUGGCAGGAAAUGACAUCACCCGCCUUCUGGACUACACCUUCCGUGGUUUACAGCGUCUGCAGGAGCUUCAUUUGCAGCACAACAGUAUAGACAUGUUAGCAGACCAGGCUCUAGCUGGCUUGACCUCUCUGGCUCUGCUGGAUCUGAGCAGGAACAAUCUCCAUACCAUCGGCCCUGCAUCCCUGCGACCUCUUGUCAGCCUGCAGGUGCUGCGCAUCACAGAUAACCCAUGGCGCUGUGACUGUGCUCUCCACUGGUUGAGGAGCUGGAUUGAUGAGGCAGGGCAGCGGCUGCUCAGCUCAGCAGAGCGUCGGCUGGUCUGCAUCGAGCCGCCACGUCUCUCCCACCUCAGUCUGGUGGAGGUUCCUCUCAACAGCCUGGUGUGCAUCCCUCCACUGGUGCAGCUGGAGCCAAGGAGGCUAGCUGUGCGCCUGGGGGAGAGCCUUAGGGUGUCCUGCCAUGCCUCUGGUUAUCCUCGGCCACAGGUGACCUGGAGGAAGGCAUCCCAGGGUAAAGUUGUGCUUUCUCCCAGAGGCCUGGUUCAGGAGCUGGGUGCUGGAGGAGGAGGAGUAGGCGGGGCAGAGGAGCGCUCAGAGGAAGGCAAGGUCAGUCUGCAGAAGACUGAAGGCGAGCGCUUUGACCCUGACACCGGCAGUGGCAUGCUGUUUCUCAGUAAUGUGACUGUGGCUCACGCAGGUUUCUAUGAAUGUGAAGCCUGGAAUGCAGGGGGUGUGGCCAGGGUGACCUUUCAGCUCGCAAUUAACUCAUCCACUUCCUCCUCCUCGUCCUCCUCCAUCUGGGCAUCUUGGUCCCAAGUGUCCUCGCCAUACUCCCCUGUCUGGCCCCGGCUGAGGAACCACGGCUCGGCUUUGGGCUCAGAUGUGAGUCGGGAACCCCUUUACGCUCUAGGCAGCAUGGCCUUCAGUGCUUUGGGAGCGGCCACUCAGACUGCCAUCGCUGUGGGCAUCUCUCUGUUGGCUCUGACCGCUCUGCUGCUGGUCGCCAUGAUCUACAGUCGACAUCACCAACGCGACAAGGAGGCUGAUGGAGCUGAGAAGGAGGAGAGCAUCCUCUAUGUGAAUGACUACUCCGACGGGCCCACCACCUUCGCCCAGCUGGAGGAGUACCGUGACGAACGCGGACAUGAGAUGUACGUCCUCAACCGGGCCAAACCAGUCCUGCCUCCUGCUCCACCCACCGCUGUCUCCACCACUAACUUGGGUUGCCCCGCUCCAUCGGACACCUCCAGCCACACCCUCUCCUCAGGGCCUGGCCAGAUCGUGACUCCAACUCUUGCCCCCAACAAACAGCAGCAGCAGCAGCAGCUGCAGCCGGAGGUUGACAUACGGACCAUGAGGAGAAUGGCGGGGGAGGGAGGGGAGGCUGAGCCUGUGAUUACAUCAGAGGCUGAAGGGAUGUUUCUUAACCACACAGGCCUGUUCAUGGACUCUCCAAUCGCGUACGAGAUUCACUGCUGAAGGGGGGACAGAAUCCACUGCAACACAGGUUUUGUGUGUGUGUGUGUGUGUGUGUGUGUGUGUGUGUGUGUGUGUGUGUGUGUGUGUGUGUGUGUGUGUGUGUGUGUGUGUGUGUGUGUGUGUGUGUGUGUGUGUGUGUGUGUGUGUGUGUGUGUGUGUGUGUGUGUGUGUGUGAGAGAAGCAGAGGCUAUCAGAUGUGCUCAUUCCUCUGGAAGGAUUUACUUUCUUCAAGACUCAUUCACAGUAGUGGACUCUCAUUGGAGACAUGGCAGAGCUCACAAUCUGGUUUAAAUCAAUAGUACUGAGACCUCCAGUGGACAUUGUGUGAACCUGCAUGCCAAAACACCAGUGGUAAUGGCCAGUCAAAGGCCCUGUGCUGUUGAAAAAGUCAAGGUGAGCCAGGUAUAUACUGAGCUGCACAUCACUGAACUGAACUGUCCUGUAAAGGAACAUCCUUGUCAGCAUUUAUCAGAGCUCCUUUCAUCGCAGAACCUUUCAGUGUCAUCGAUGUUCAGGAGUUGACAUCUGUCCCCUCAAGACUUCACACAAAGCUCAUUAGUUAUUUGCAGGGUGAGUAUAAUAAAGGGGGAAGCCAUGAAAUCUUUCACUACAUGAGCAUGUGGGAACCCUUCUUUAUUUUGUAAAUGUUGUUUAUGUCUGAAUUUAUUUUGAAAACAUUAUAGUGAUUGUGGGACUGCUAAAUUUUGUUACUAUUUAUUUCAAAAUAUCAUAUAAUUAUUUAAUCGUCUUUUCGUCAGAUGCUUCUUAUCAAUGUCUGAUCCAGUUCCAGACACCAACAGUGAACCUCCGCUGUCUAUUUCACAAAGUGACUUUAUCCUUUGGCUACUCUGUCUCUCCGUGGGUUAGCUGGUACUGAUCCUAACCUUGCUAAUUCUGGGUAUUGUGUCAUGAAGCAGGUUACCAACCUAAACGUGUGCAACAUCGGCAGUUCAAGAUCAGAGUAUUUAAUAUGAGAUAACAUGAAUCUGUUCAUACUAUGGGGAAAUAAGGCUUUUCUAUGAUGUUACCAAUACAGAAUAUCCUGUAAUCAAACAACAAAGAUACAGUAGAAUAAGAUGCUAUAAAAAGAAAUAUAAUUUUAAUGUUAAAAAUUAUUCCAGUACAAUUUUGGGGAUUACUAAUGGAUGAAUAAAUGGUCAGCAAAAGGAUAUGUAUUCUAGUCUCACAGGUGGAACAAACUAGUAAGAAAUUCACUUCAAAAGAGAACCACAAUCCACAGCGGGUCUGCAUGAAUACGGGCUUAAAGAACAAAAAAUUUGUUUUUAAUAACUGUGUGUAUUAGUUUUUCCAAUUAAAAGGCUCAUGUUUUAUUCAAAUGA